AUGGUAGACAUUACUUCUUCAUCAUUGUUUCAAAGUAAUAUAAGCACAAUAUUACAUUGGCCAUUAGCGCGUAAAAUCGAAUUGCUUUCAUCAUUCUCACAAUGUUCAGCAUCAUUAUGUCUUUGUGCUGGUUGGAUAAAACCGAACGAAGUACCAAUACAUGAUAUAACAACAAAUGAUGAUACAACAGUAAUACGAAAACCAUUACUUUGUUGUUCAUGUCAACAUCCAUUUGAUUUGCAUUAUAAUGAAAAAACGAAAGCGAAAUAUUGGUCAUCGGAAUCAACUAUAGAACAAGUUGAUUCAGCAUUACAAACAUUACUUGAUGCAGAUCUAUUAAUACGUUUUGCAACAUCACCAUCAUUAUCAGAUCAACAUGAUUUAUCAACAAAUCGAACGCUUUUAUUCAUUGCUCAAACACUACAAUCAACAAUAACAACGAUGGCCAUACAUUCAUCACGCCGAGAUCUAAUUAAUACGAAUAUGAGUAAUCUAUUGGGUGUGUGUCCAUUUGAACAGCCGUGUAUACGUGAUGCUGUCAUUAAUUGUGUUUGUUCAACAACACCAACCGCUGCAUCGACGGCUACAAAUGAUAAUCAACAAUUGCAUGUUAUAUUUGAAGCGGGAAAACAAUUUUUAAAUCUAUUGAAUACUUGGAAAAUGCCAUCGAAUGUUGCACAUCUACUAUGGUUAGAAGAACAACCUGCAGCAUCUGUGGAAAAUAUGAGAAAAGUCAAUAAUUAUGAAUUAUGGUAUGCUCGUUGGGUUGGCUACUGCAUUGUGCCACAAUUGUGUCCGAAAUCUUUAACAAAAUAUGAACCAACAACAAUAUUUGGUUACGAAUAUCUUUCACUUAUUUUUGAUCAUUUCAAAUCAGAUAUGCUAACGACACGUACGUUAUCACCAUCAUUGAUCCGUUUUUUUGAUACAUUUCAACAAACAUUAACUGAAUCUGAUUCGGCAUGUUGGUCAUCGUCGUAUGAACGACCCGUUAUACCGAUGCUCGAAGCAAACAUUGAAUCUCUUUUAGCUGGUGAUCAAGUCAAUGCACCAGCAAAUUCAACAAACGAACAAACAGAAAAGAAAAUAACACGACGUGUAUCAAAGGCAUUAACAAAUAAGAAACAACUUAAACGACUUGAACCCUCGCGAAUGAUAACAUCGACGUCAUCAUCUUCAUCCCCAUUAUCACCGUCGGCAUCUCCAUCUCCGUCACAAGCACAACAACAAAAUGCAUCGCCACUGCCAGGUAGCGAGUUCAUCAAUCGUGUUUGGUCGUGUGUAUGCGAACGUCAUGAACAACGUUUACGUGCCGAAAUUGAAAAAACAUUAUUUAAAGCAAAUCCAAAACGUGACGAAGUAGCACGACUUGCUGAACAACGAGGCUUUGCUGAAUUUCAUCUUAUUAAACACGAUUUAAAUAAACAUGGAGCUACCGAAACUGAUCUCAUGUACAAACGAUUGCUUCAACUAAUUAAUGUUUUCUCACGUGCAUUACCGAAAAUGCCACAAAAUUAUAUAGCAAGGACUGUACUCGAUCCAAGACAUCAAUCACUUAUUAUAGUUUUUGCUUCUAAAGUCAUCGGUGGAAUUUGUUUUCGAAUGUUUCCACAUCGAAAUUUUUCCGAAAUCGUAUUUUGUGCCGUCAGUGAAUAUCAGCAAGUGCGUGGUUAUGGUACACAUCUAAUGAAUCAUUUAAAAGAUUAUCAUAUCAGAUUAAAUAUAACAAAUUUAUUAACAUAUGCGGAUGGUUUUGCUGUCGGUUAUUUUAAAAAACAAGGUUUUUCAUCAACAAUAACGUUAAAUGAACAAGCCUAUACAGGUUAUAUAAAAGAUUAUGAUGGAGCCACAUUGAUGCAAUGUUCACUUUAUACACAAGUAACUUACACACGUUUAACCGAAACAUUAUCAUUGAUAAAAGAAAGUAUCAAUGUUAUUCGAACGCAUCGUUUCAAUCAAAUAAAACAAGCCCAUCCCGAUGCAAAAUUUCUUGCAAAUGACAUCCAAACAGUUGAUUUAAGUAGCUAUGAUAGUUUACUCAAUCUCGAUCAUAAUGAAACAAAUUCAUCGGAUGAAACAGUUGAUAUUAAUCUAUUAUAUAUAACAUUGAAAAGUGUCUAUCAAGAAAUUCGUUCACAUCCAUUUGCUAGUCAUGUACAAAAAAAAAGUAUUUUUCAAGAUUAUUUAUCAACACCACCAUUAUUUCCCAUUGAUCUCGAUACAAUACAAGAUCGAUUGAAAGCAAAAUAUUAUCAUAAUGCCUAUACAUUCACAGCGGAUGUCAGCCGUCUUUUAGAUACAGCUGGACGUGCGUAUGCAAAUCAGAAAAAAGAUAUCUCGAAUGAAAUACGUUCAUAUGACACAUUUGUUCGGCGUAAAAUGAACGAAUUCGGUUUAGAAAUGGGUCAUGCACCACAAACUUAUGAAUAA